UGAUGCGACGCACAUUGUUCAUCAAGAAGUAGCAGCAGUUCAUCAAGUUUUUGAAAUACGUAUUCACCGGCGGAGACAGAGCUUCGUGGUUUGCGAUGGCGAACAGGAGAGAGGACGUGGUUUUCGCCCGUGGAGCUGCGCAGAGUGAUGAUUCUGACAUAUGGGAUGACACUGCUCUGAUAAAGGCAUAUGAUAAGGCUGUCGCGACGUUCAAGACUGCACUUAAAGAUGAAAAAGACCCACCGGCCUUCAAGAAAGACCACCCAGGAAAGAAGCGCAAGGGCAACAAAAAUGAUCUCAGCAGGAAAAGGAGUAAUGCACCCCCAGACAAAGAGUGGCAGGUUGGAGACUCUUGCUGUGCAUACUGGUCAGAGGAUGGCCAGCUGUAUGCUGCCACAAUUUGCGGCAUAGACAAGAAGAGGGGCAGUUGUACAGUUUUAUUUACAGACUAUGGCAAUCAGGAGGAGCAAAGCCUUCAAGAUUUGCUCUUGGAAAACUCUGAGGUCGAAGAAGAAACUUGUGUUAAGGUCAAUGAAGCAGAAUCUUCCACAGAGGAGAGCGACCGGUCUACCACACCUCAAUCUCACAGACGGCAAGCACACAACAAGCCCCCAAAAUACAAAUCCCCCAGAGAACCCCCUCCAGUGUUGCCCCCUGGUCUUCCUGGAUUUCCCCUCGGCCCGCCCCCAAUGCCAGGCUUCAAAUCGGGAGGAAGUAAACACUCCAGUGGCCCCGUCCCUCCAGCCUGGCCCCCCAUGAUGCCCUGCGGUCCCCCAAUGAUCCCGCCCCCUCCACCCAUGAGCCCUGACAUGGAGAAUGACGAGGCCCUGGGUGCCAUGCUCAUCUCCUGGUACAUGAGCGGCUACCACACAGGAUACUAUCUGGGGUUGAAACAAGCACAAAAAGAAUCUGCUCCACGCAAGAAGUCCAACCACAAGUAACUGAUGCUGCCGCUUUAGUCCUACACAGAUGGCUCUGUACAAACUGUAUUAUGAAUGUUGGUUUCUUUUUUUGUAUGCUUUGUAAAAAAAAAUGAUAUGUAUAAUAAAGGCUUCCUCA